AUGGCUCUCAUGCUUCUCAAGAUGUUCACCCUUCUCUUCCUCCUCAUUUCUGGAUCACUUUUACCAACUUCUAUUGCAGCAGGUCCACGAUCAAAGCUAAUCAAUAACUUGGCAGAAGAUGUGGAUUCAAUCCUAAAGGAGGGAACACAAGGGAAGCCACUGAAUGUGAAAGAUCUAACCAUCAUGCACGAGAGGCUUCUAAGGGCUAACACAAAAGAUUAUGGAAAAUACGAUCCAUCACCCGUUCUAUCUAAGCCUCCUUUCAAGCUCAUACCCAACUGA